CUGCUCUUCUCUAUCUCCAUCGCCCCUCAGUCGCCUUGUCAUAUCACACCUUCUCGUUAUGUAUAAACUACAGCUGACUCUGCUGCCACACCCGUUCCCGCGGUUGCAUCGAUCAUACAGCGCUUCUAGAGUUCUCGAUCCCACUCGUUCCCCGCCCGGUGCCUGACCACGCAAGUCAUAACCCGAGAAACGCGCCCGGACAUAGACCACAAAUCUGGACAGAAGAACUGAGACGCUCCAGCUCAUCGCACGAAAAUUCGAACCCCCGUCCACGGUUCCGCUUCUCGCGGCAGAAUGGCCGGCCCAGCGAAUCCUUUCUCGGGCCUCGGCCAGAGAGAUGGGUCGGCUGACUCCGCUAGUCGUGGACGUGGUGGACUAUCUUCACGCUCAACGCCUUAUCAGCCUAAGGCUAACUCUGUAGCACGCGACCCCAGGCUUCGUGGGCGCGGACGGGGCGCUUCGGCGGUAAGAGGCACACGUGGUCUCGGGAGGGGAGCCAGCACGGGGAGUAAUGUCUGGAGGAAACAACCCGAGCAACAGGCAGAUUCUGCCGGCGUCGCCUCGUCGCCUUUCGGGCAGUUGAAGCAACCUGCUCCUUCCUCGGCUUCCCCUUCUGCGCAACCGUCCCCGAGCCCUUCUCCUUUCGCGGGUUUCGGGAAAGCCUCGCCUGCGUCGUUCGGGGCACCCUCCAAUUUCUCGGGAGCUCCAUUUGGUGGUACUGCGGCGUCACACGGGCAAGUAUUCGCGCAGCCCACGAACGGAGGACCCGGUGCAAACGUUCCCGUGGAAGACGCUGCGCUCUUGGGUAGCUAUACUGAUCGCUACGAAAAGCUCAAGCUCGAUAGGACGAAGCAAAGAGAGAAGGCUAUUAAGGAAGGUCAGAUGGCAGAUCCGAACCAGCCAACGUCGUUGCAGCAAGCCAUCACGCCCGUGGGCACCUGCACAAGCAUGUGUCCGGAAUUCGAGCGAGUCGAGCGCAUUGUUCAGAAGAUGGUCGACAAGAGCGAAAAGUAUCUGCAUCCUGCUACGAACACUUUGCAAAACAUGGAGUUGAAGAUGCUCAAACGAUUUCGACGAUCGGCCGCUGGAUAUGAUGCGCAACUUCCGUCUGAUAUCAGAACACCGCACACGCUCCUUCAAACCAUGAACUAUUUAAUUCGGCAUGUCCUUGACGGCCCCGAGCCACUAGGCUUGAUUCACAAGUUCGUCUGGGAUCGAACCCGUUCUAUUCGGAAUGACUUUUCGGUGCAACAGCUCACCCAAGAAGCCGAUGUCAAGAUCGCAGUGGCUUGCCUUGAGCGAAUCGCUCGAUUCCAUAUUGUGUCUCUGCACCUGCUGUCUAGCCCCGCCAACGAGGAACCAUUUGACCGACAUCAGGAACGCGAACAAUUAAACAACACAAUGCUCUCGCUAAUGUAUUACUAUGACGAUAACAGAGGACGUAUCCCUUUUCCCAACGAAGACGAGUUUCGAGCUUAUUACAUCCUUUUCUCGAUACAUGAUCAACGCCCUGAUUUGGAGUCCCGCGUUCAGAAAUGGCCAGUCGAGCUGAGAAGCUCACCUCGCGUCCAGAUGGCAUUGGAGCUUUUCGCUGCAGCCAGCAAUACUUGGGAGUACCAGGGUACACUUGAUGCCAAGCGUCCGAACGCUAUCGCUCAAGGCUUCUACAUGCGGUUCUUCAACCUGAUAGACUCGCCGGGGGUCUCCUAUUUAAUGGCAUGCGUUGCUGAGAUCUAUUUCAAUCAUAUGCGCCAAACCGCCAUCCGCUCGAUCUGGAAGGCUUACUGCCGCUACCCAGCCUCCCAGCAACACAAGAACGAAGAAUGGACAGUCGAUGAGCUUACUACAGUUCUUCGCUUCGAUGACCAUGACCAGACGAUCAAGUUCUGCGAAGAGCAGGACCUUCAAUUUGCCGAAAAUGCAAAUGGUGAUCUCUAUCUCAACUGGGGCACCCGUCCCGUGGACUCAGUGGCCUUCCAACCAUCGUCAGACCAUGCAUUCUCGGAGACAUACGUUGAAUCAAAGCGCGCAGGUAGAACUCUGCCGGCAAUCAUCCUUGGACUCAACAUCAAAGAAGCAGCAAAUUUGGCAAUGAUCGACAGUUCUCUUCUACCAGAACGUGUUUCCGCUCUGCCCGCUCCCCGUGCACUUACUUCGACAAACGAGGAUUCGCUUUUCGUGAGCGACGAGGACAAUGCACCUGCGUUCCGCUCGACUCCGCAAGAAGGGAGCUCCCGCAAUUCUCCAACGUCAACCUCUGGCUUUCAGAAUGCCUUUGCGAAUGCCCCUGCCCCAGCUAUAAGCACCGAAUCAAGUCGCCCCCCAACAUUCUCAUUCGCUAAGCCAUCGGUGUCACCCCAAGCGCCUCAGAAACAGGCGUCUCCUUUCUCGUCCCUCUCUCCCAACCCUUCCUUUGCCGCGUUUGGCGCCCCCUCACCAUCACCCUUGAGCCCCUUCGCCAACGGUGUCCCAACUUCAUCUCAACCAAGCCAACCGUCCUUUGGUCUUCCAGCUGUAAUGAGCAGUCAGCCUCCUUCAUCUUCGAGCCCAUUUGCAAAUGGCACGUCGCUGUUUCCACUCUCCAAGCCACCGCAACCAGAGCAGAGCACAAACACUUUUCCCCCCGCAUCGAGUAAUCAACAAGCUCUCUCUGACCACUCUGCUACGGCCACCUCACCUUUCUCCUUCAAACACCCUCAAGAGGACCAAAGCAAGACUUCUGUUUCCAGUACAUUAAACGCACCACAGGCCUCUCCGAAUUCAUCUUCAUCAACCACGUCGCCUUUCAACUUUGUACAACCACCGCAGCUGAAACAGUUUAAACCCGCAUUCUCAUCCAACAGCCAAGAACCCAUAUCUUCCUUCUCUGGUCUCCAAAAACCAAGCCAAGAGAUACGGGAAUCUACUUCCUUUUCACCUACCCCGUUUAAUUUUGCCGCUGUCUCUGCACAACCAUCCUCAACUUCCCUCUUCAGUACUUCCGUGCCUGCGUCUGCGUCUGCGUCAAGCCCCAUCCCAACUGCUGGGCAACCUGCUCCCAGCAUAUUCAGCCUUGAUACAACAUCCUCGUCAAACGGGUCAACUGGCUCAAGUUUCAGUGCUUCUGUACCGAGCCUGGCCGCUAAGCAGCCUCCAUCUUUGUUUCCUAACCCUUCGGAUGAAGCACCCAAACCGGUUUUCUCAUCUCCCUCAUUUUCGACUCCUAAAGAAACUAAAGAACCGGCUGCUUCCUCCUUUUCGCAGCCCACGGCUGCACAGUCAGAUGUUUCUCCUGAGAUGGAGCAGAGCAUCUCUAGUGGUGCACAAGCCAAUAUCCUUGAAAAGCAGACUACCACAUCUACAACGGCUGGAAAACUAGCUGCUCCUGUUGCAAACAAGGAACCAGAAUUAAAGCUGGGUGAUCUUGUUCCUCAACGGAAGCCACCGUCUGCAGCUAGUGUGUCCGGCAACGACAUGGCUCUAGAGCCUCCUACUCAGCCUUCACAGGAACCGGCCACGCUAGAGAACGAUGCGCCUGCGCAGCGUACUUCCUGGUUGUCAACCCUGAAGGAAGCGGCUGAUCGGCGUCGGGAGACCAAACCGACUACUGGCCGCAAAAGAGUGCAUGAGGAACCAGAAGAACAGCCCUCCGCCCCAGGCGGAAGCACAAAAUCCGUCAAGGCGCGAAAACCCGAAGCGCCGCUUGUGUCUACUAGGAAGUCGAUGGCACUUUCUUCUCUAAAGCCUCUGCCUAAGCUUCCCAUUCUGGAAAAAAUCGAGUCGAUGACGGCGCGGAAGCCAGCCGCGCCCGCCAAACCCCAGGAGCCCCGAUCUGUUCAAGUCGACGAAGACGAGCUUCUUCUCUCUGCUGCUCGCAUUGCAGCCGAGUCGCUGAGGAGCGGCCCUCGUAUUCUGGAUGGAUGGUCUAGUACUUCUUACGAUGGGCGAGCUUCCUCCUUCAGCCAUAGGAGCAGUGCAUCGCCAUCGUAUGCAUUUUCGCGAAGUCAAUCACCCCAGUCGGGCCAUGUGAAUGGAUACGAGGUGUCCCUGGCCCCUGACAACGGCUUGGGGCUGGGCCGGACCCUGUCCCGAACGGAGCAACGAAUUCGCAUGACGGGGGCUAAGGGAUUAGCCUAUAAGCCUUUGGACUUUACAUCUGCCGAUAGCAAACGGAAAUCUCGUUGAUGUGCUGUUGUCUGCGUGGCCAAGAAUUUUUGCGCACUACUGGGGAUACACUCUCUCUUGAUGCUUGUCUCGGGUGCAUUUAUUAUCAUUCCCUUCUGUUGCGCAGGCUUAUACAAGCAGACCCUAUUUCGUCAUGCAUGUCGUUGGAAGGUCAGGAAGAGAGCUUAUACCAUGAUUGCAUUUUGUCGUGGCGUUGGUUGGGCAUGAUACAGCUUUGUUGUUUUGUAGUUUACCUAAGCUUUGAUCGAUUGGGUUGAAUGCAUGGCGUGGAUUCAGUCUCUCGCAUACAGAAUUAUGUGUUGUAUAUAGCGC